UCCGCGAGCGAGAGAGGGAGCGAGCGAGCGAGCGCGCGGGCAGGCGCGCGGUGGGUCGCCGUGAGACACGCGACGGUGCGGGGGCCGCGCUGCGCGUCCGUCAGCCUCGCUGGCCGGCCGUCCGCCGACCGGGGCUCUUUGGGCAGUCAAGGCAUGAUCGCGGACCCCUCGCAGCUCCCUGCGCCGCUCCCGGCUCACGCACGCUUGGAAGGAGCCCAGGAUCGGCCGCUGACAGCCGAAAUGCACCGACCCAGCCCCACAGAGGCCAUGUUUAAAAAGAAGGAGCAGAAGGAUGUGGAGUUGGAUCGCAAGAUCGAGGCUCUGAGGAAGAAGAAUGAGGCCCUCAUGAAGAGGUACCAGGAAGUGGAAGAGGACAAAAAGAGGGCGGAGCAGGAAGGCAUGGCCUUGCAGGGCCGCAGGGGCAAAGCGGAGGACCUGACCAUCACCAUCAACAAGUCCGCUAAUGAAGGACGUGUGGUGACUAAGAAGUCUGGGACCGGUGGUGCGGCAACCCCUCGGGCGACGCAGGAACACGUGGAGGGGGAGAUCAACCCUUUCUGCGCAGGACGGGGCAGGAGGAGGCAGCUGCUGGUCACCACGGGGGGCAACACCAAGGGAAAACGGAUUGUGAGCGAGCAGAAGGGGGCGGACCAGGCGUCUGCCCCCGGGGGGCCGAAGGAGCCUGCGGGGGAAGAAAAGGCGGUUGAGCCGAUCCGGAGGGGAAGGCCACCCCAAGUCUCCAAGAGGGACGCUGGAGUGCAGGAGGAGGAGGGGAGGCAGGAGGAGCUGCGCACAGCGGUGGAGAGUGCUAGGCUGGCGGAGUGUGACCCCUAUUACCAGGAAAGCGAGGAGCCCGGCGUGCAAGCGCUUACGGAUCUCACCAUCCCCACCUCCAAGGAGGAGCAGCUGGAGUACCUGCGCUGGAAGAAGGAACGCGAACAGAUCGAUCGUGAGCGCGUGGCCCGUCACAAGAACGCCAAGGGCCAGUGGAGGAGGGCGUGGGACAUGGACAAACCCGAGACAGUGUUUCGAGAGAGAUUUCACAGGGAAGCUGGUCGUGAAGGUCAAGCCAGAGGAGGAAGAAAUGCAAGAAGAGGUAAUCCCAGACUGUAUGACGAGUCACGGGGUCAGCCGCAUCGAAACAGGGACAAGGCGAGCAAAAGCAUACCGACUGUCGGAAGCAAGGCCAAGGGCAAAGACCGAUUGACUGGGAGGGCAAGGAGAUGGGACGCCAAGGAGGGAGAAGAUCACACACAGCAAACUGCAGAAACCACUUUAGAAGAGUUCCUGGAGGAGCUGGAUGCCUUUGGAGAACCUGAAGUUGAGGACACCCCUCCACUGGAGGAGAGAAGAGAAGAGACUGCAGAACAAGAUGCCCAGAAUGGGGUGAUGGCUGGAGAGCUCCCUUCUAGGGAUGAGAAGGGAUGUGGAGCUGGUAGUAUUGCUCUGGUCAACGGCCGUGAAGACAGGGGGCAAGAAUCAGCCAACUCUGAGCCACUUCCCCGCAAAGCUACAGAGAAAAAAGUCCGUUUCUUGGCAGAGGUCACUAGAAGCCCCAUGGCCAGCACUUCAGGCCCCAAGGAAUUGGACACCUUAGAAAGAGACUCGCACCACAAUAAUGCCACCAAAGCAGGAGUUUAUCAGCUCAGCCAGCAGCAUCUGGUACCGAUGCUUGAGGGUCCCUUGACAGGUGGUGGUGGUCAAGAACAGGAACUCCUGAGUGGGCUGGUACAGGGGGCCAGUCACCCACCGGAGCUAGUGCAGACAGAAAGCCUGUGCUCCUCAAAAGCCUCCAAAACUGCAAAGUCUGACUCCAGAGCUGACAACACACCCAUUGUCAACUCUGACCUGGAGCACAAAGCCCUGGACGCAAGCUCGUGUACCAGCCAGUUUCUAGAACUUUCUAAGAGCAGUAACACCAGGAGCCCAGGGGAGAAGAUCGACUCUAGCUUCUCCGUAAUGAGCAUGGACUCCGAGUCUUCACAUCGUGCUCACAAGAGCAGCACGGACAAGGCAAAAGAAAAUGGAAAAAUAGUUUGAAUAUGAGGAAGCGUGCACAAAAGCUAACAACUGAUAUGGCGUUGCAUAAUUACAGAUGUGAGAUAGCUGGGCUUGUGUGAAAAUCUACUUAAGCAAAUAUAAGAUAGUAAAUCAAGUCAUAUAGUGGACAAAAUUAGGUUUCCUUUGCAAUGUGGGACUCUCAUUAUGAGCACUUUAUUAUCUAUAAAGUAGACUAAUGUUAUUAUGGUUAAAAUGCCAGCGAUUUCCGUUUUGCUUAAAAUCUUGUUCAUAUUUGUUUUGAUUUCUGAAAUUAUCCGUAGCACCUAAAUAAACUAAAAAUUGGACACAUAAUUAUUUAAUAUCAUUUCUUUUCCUGGAUUAUUUAAUUCCCUGGUUUUGCUUUGCACUGCUUUGUACUACAGGGGCGUAGUGCUGGUUUUAAAACUUUGACUUAGUAAAUGUAAAGUAAUAAAUAAACUAUUCUUUUUGGCAUAAGUUAACUAUGUCAGAUAUGUCAACAGCAGUGUGUUAAACGUUGAUGUGCUAUUUUCAACGGGUAGAUAAAGUGUUUGCACUUGCAUCAUAUGCUGUUCAUUUGUACUGAAAUAUAGAGCAUCAUAUGUCACUUCAGUUUUUCUGUAGCUUAAUAUAACGGCUGCAGAGGCCAAUAGGUUGUCUUAUUUAAGCCUAAGCAGAUGAAUUAUACUAAUGGGUUUAAUGUUGAAUAUCAUGAUUAGUUUCAGGGAAGUUAUGUUUCAAUGUAAAUUGGUAGUUUAUGUCGUCUCUCUGUAAAAGUUACAGUUUUGAAAUCCGGUAUCGUGAAUUGCAUGCUGCUGCUGUAUCACUUCUGUAAUUGAUGACGUAGAACUCAACUGUGGAAUAUUUAACUGUAUAAAGACAAAUAUUACAGUGUACAGCAGUAGCUUUCUUUUGGACUUUUUCCUCUUUAGCUCACCAGAAACGCUCUGAUGAUAAUAAUAUCACUUGUGUAGAAGAUUUCGAGGCCAAUACAGGCUGUGUUUUUUAUUCUUUAUUUGGGCAACUGAAUGUUUGACUCCUAUUUGACUCAGCAUCAGCAUUUCUUGUACAUAUUCAGUAAUAAGCAAUCUUCUGUUCAGGAGAGAUUGGAUAUUUAUAUAUAAAUACAAUUAAAAUAUUUAUUUUUUCCAUAUAUUUUGCUUUCACCCUAAGUUUAGAGAGCCUUAAUGUAAAGGGAAAAAAGUGACAGGCACUUUUCAUUUAUUUCUAAGAUACGAUGUAUAUGUAAAAAUCCGACAGCUUUAAGAAGUGUAAUGGUAGCGCAUUUUGUACAUUUCAAUUUCUAUUGUCCCUACCCCUCAAGGAUGUUCAAUACAGACUGGUAGCGGUCCCAAUUUGGUUUUUUUAUAUUAAUUUUGAUUAUAAUGUUGAACAGUUCCAGGCCUUGUAAUAAAUUCAUGUUGCAGUAAAAGUUCAUUAUUGAAAUUGAACAAAGCAAAUGGUCUAAAUUAAUUGUAGAGAAGCAUGAAUUUACUAUAAAUAGCAUGAAUUUACGAUAAAAGGUCUUUGAGGAAGAAAUUAAAUGCUAAGCAUUGAUAAGCAUUUGUAGUCGGAAGUCCUCUUAUUUUGAUUGACAUUUAAUAUGUCAAAGUGGAAGCCUUGUACUUGAUUUGUGUUGAUGUGGUAGUAAUGAUGGUUCUGGUCCUGCUGCUCUGGUCUGCUGCUGUCACAAGAUUUUAGACCUCUUGUUCUCCAGUCUUUGGUUUAUAUACAGUACGUGUGUAUAUCGGCUGCAAGCCCACAUCACACAAAUAUGCUGUUCAUUAGAUGCUUGACUCCUUGAGGGGCUGGGAGCUGCCAAUAGUUUAACUCACUGGCGGUACCUUGGCUGUCAUGGGGUCAGGGGCCUCGGAACAGACCGAGGUUCUUUUUUUUGCAGGGUUGUUCUGUACGGUUACAACAUACACCCUCCUUUUUGGUUUCACCUCCUGUGGAACACAUGCAAGACUGCUAAUUGGUCUUGUGGGAGCAGAAGCAUUUUUGCUUAAUUUAAACUCAUAGAUAAGUUGAACACGACUAACAAGUGUUUCUGGGGUCAGCAUGUGCUCUUCACUGAAACCCCACCUUGGCUCUGUUUCCUGCCUCACACCUUUGGAUGUUAUGGGUUAUAUUUGUUAAGUGUUUCACUGUGAGUGUUCAAAUGCUGUUCUUCCUCAACCCAUCACUAAUUUUGUUUGUAUGGUGUCAUUAAUUAUUGACUUGUCAUUGUUGUGUCUACCCUAAUUCCCAUACUUUACAUUUGGACACUGUGUAGAUUGUCCAAAAUUGUUUAAAUUUCCUAGGAAUGUAGAAAUAUGACCUGUGUGGCAGUAUAUUAAUAAUUAUGUCUAAUUUUUUUUUUUUUUUUUUUUAGAAUGACCCCUUAGCUGUGGCAUGAAAACAAAAAUAUAGUUAACAGAAAAGUAAGCCAUGCCAGAGAGUUGUCUAAAAUGUUGCUGGCCUAUAAACAUUUCAUAUUUCUGAAUAACAAUAGUUGAUUUCUGUCUGGCUUUUAAUCUUUAAAAUUUUCUUAUGAUUAUUGCCUCUGUGAAAGAGUUGCUCAGAAAUACUACUGACACACCUUCUUAACCCGUGAUUUUUUGUGUGUUUGUGUGCAUUUUGUGUAGGUAAUGUAUUUGUUUGACUCUUUGUGAUUUCCUUCCAGGUUAAAAUUGAAGCAAACAUCUGGUUUCUUUGUUUUUCCCAGUGUCCAGUAAUCUGGUUUUAAAACUAUUGAAAUGUCACUUGUCUAAAUUCAGCAACAAGCCUUACAAAGUCUCACAAAGUGGGAUAUUUGCCAUUUUUAAACAGUGAUGUCUUGUAACUUAAAUGACUGUAGC